CGGGCCAAGCUCUUGUUCCUAGUAACCCAGGCGGCCAGGCCCACGAAUUGGUUUUGAGAGGCGGCAGCCAGCCCUCUAGUCUAGCAGGUGGUGGUUAAAUUUUGAUCAGAGAUCUGUAGCGUUUUAGCCUCUAGGCACGACGACAGCAAUCUCGCGAUCCGUUGAUGUAAAAAAGAACCAACAAUGAUGCGGAUUGCUCAAAUCCUGAAUAAUAAAAGUUACUUACUGAUUGAUUCUUGAAGCAAUUUUCACUCCUCUGUUAAAACCAUGGCGACAAAGCUCUCAUUUCUUCUUCCUGUCUUGGCGUUUACGUUUUGUUUCUCCACAGAAAGCCGCAAGGAACUGAGGACCAAAGAGAUAAACCGAGAUAAUGUUAUACAGUUGGGGCGUGCAGUUCCUUCUAACACAAUUGAUCCGUCACGAGUUACCGAGCUCUCUUGGCGACCAAGGGUAUUUUUGUACAACGGUUUCCUAUCUGGUGAAGAGUGUGAGCACCUGAUAUCUUUGGGAAAUGACAUGGACAAAUCCAGCAGCAACGAUUCAGCCAAGUUUGUGGAUCUCUCCUUAAAAACUGAAGAUGAAGUGGUUGCAAGGAUUGAGGAACGGAUUUCCGCAUGGACUUUUCUUCCGAAAGGAAAUGGAAAACCGUUUCAUGUACUUCAUUCUGGGACUGACGAGACUAAACAGAACCUCAAUUACCUGGGCAACAAGUCCAUGAGCCUCCCCGGUGAAAGUGUAUUGGCAACCGUUGUAAUUUAUCUUUCAAAUGUCACACAAGGCGGUCAAAUCCUCUUCCCUGGAGCUGAGUCAGGAAGCUUGAGAUCAAAGAACAAGAUAUGGUCCGACUGUACAAAAAGUAGUCAAAUAACGAAACCUAUAAAAGGCAAUGCAAUUUUGCUGUUCAAUCUCCAUCCAAAUACUAGUUUAGACCCAAGCAGUUCUCACGCCAGGUGUCCAAUAACCGAGGGUGACUUGUGGUGGGCCGCAAAGAUUUUUGUGUUGAAACCUGUCAUCCGACUGAACAAAGUAACAUCAGAAACCGGCGAUGAUGAUGAUCUGUGCACAGACGAGGAUGACAACUGUCCACAAUGGGCUGCGGCUGGUGAGUGUGAAAGGAACCCGAUAUAUAUGGUGGGCACUGCUGAUUAUUACGGGACGUGUAGAAAGAGUUGUAACGUAUGCUGAUAUUGUGGUACAGUUGAUGUAGUUUCUAAACUCACUCUUUAUGGACACACUUUGUAAAGAAAUUUAUUGAAAAAUUAAUAAAAAAAAGUCUCAAUUAAGAAAGAAA